GCCGUAUUUUAAAUUUGUUACCACCAUUAACGCACUUUUUUUUGACAGCCCUAAAAAUAAUACUUGGUCAAACUUUACAAUAAGGUACACAAAAAUAUAGUAGUUACUGAGGAACUAAUGAAGAGCUGAGGAACUAAUGAGUAGAGUAGUUACUGCGGAACAAAGGCACAUACAUUUAGAUUAGUUACUGAGGAACUAAUGAAGAACUCAUGAGUAACUAAUGACUAAGGCAGAUAAAUUUAGACUAGUUACUGAGGAACUAAUGAAGAACUAAUGAGGAACUAAUGAGUACAGUAGUUACUGAGGAACUAAUGAAGAACUAAUGAACUAAUUACUAAGGCACAUAAAUGUAGACUAGUUACUGAGGAACUAAUGAUGAACUAAUGAGGAACUAAUGAAGCACUAAUGAGGAACUAAUGAGUACAGUAGUUACUGAGGAACUAAUGAAGAACUAAUGAACUAAUUACUAAGGCACAUAAAUAUAGACUAGUUACUGAGGAACUAAUGAUGAACUAAUGAGGAACUAAUGAGUACAGUAGUUACUGAGGAACUAAUGAAGCACUAAUGAGGAACUAAUGAGUACAGUAGUGACUGAGGAACUAGUGAACUAGUGUGGAACUAAUGAAUACAGUAGUUACUGAGGAACUAAUGAGUACAGUAGUUCAUUAACUACUGUAAUUUUGUGUAUCUUAUUGUGAAGUGUUGCCUAAUAUUUAUUUAUUUAUUUAUUUAUUAUUUUACACAUCUUUUUCAUUCUUGACACGUUUAUGUGUCAUUUCCAGCUGGAAGCUACCUGUAAAAUGCCAUGAUAAUCAACUUUUGAAUUAAAAAAAAAACAUUAGUGCUUAGCGGUAAAUGUGCAUUUGUUUGUUAAAACGGACCAAUGUAACGACCGUAGGUCAAAGGCUAACAGUUAGCAAUCACUGCUGCUCUCUGACUCCUGCUUGUUGUUAUGGAUGCUCUCUGAAGACCAACUGUGUUUGAUCUUCUCGUGUAAAAUAUAGGACACAGUGGUUCUUAUCCUCCAUGCGGUGCAAUCAGGAUUAGAAAGGCAGCUGGAAGCAGGAAGUGAGACGACACAGCAGUUCUUACUUGGAGCUCAUUGGCGUAUGACUAAUCUUACGGCCUCUGACCUAAGCACCCGUUCUUCUCACGUGCGUGUGUGUGCUUCUUUAUCUCAGGCCGUAGGCUGCCAGAAACAUGAAAGAAAAUGAAGGAUGUGUCUAAUUGUAUUAUAGCAGCAGCAUCUUUGUGGAUUGAUUGGUUAGGUCUGAAAAGUGUCUGUCACCUAUAAAGCCAGGGAAGAGGCAGCGCGUCCUUGUUGAUGCGUCCAUCUGCCUUUCAAGUUUGAGGUUAAGUCUUUGUGUCAAAGUGUGCUGAACCCCCACCGUCCUCUAUUAUCAUAUUAAUCACCUGGACAAUGGAGGAACAGCUAGCUUGGCCUUCUUCUUGAGAACAUCAGUGUGCUGUGAUGGCUUCAGCACGGAGAUGGAAGCAUCUUCACAAUGGCUUUGCAAUUGUGUGCAUUGCAUCCCUGACCGUGUUUUGACAUUACGCCUCCCAUGUUGUAAAAGUCAAAUGUCUUCAUAUAUGCAGCCUUUCCCUCACCCUGCCUUUAGGUGGAGCUUGAGUUGGUUCAGUAGCGGCACAGACCUGUGCUUGAAAGUUAAACAGCCCCGCUUGUGCCUUGUACGAUGUAAACAAGGGGUUCGGACAUGGAGCCCUGUGGUAUGCCAGAGUGUACCCAUGUCAGCUUAAAAUGGUAGAAAGGUUGCAAAAAUGGAUCCCAAUAUACAUGAAUGCACCUUUCCCAGGCCAAAAAUGUGCAGAAAUGACUUCCAGAAUGCACAUUUUGUCCUUUUGUGUCCGAGCGAGCAUUGUGUGUUAGUCGCCAAUGAAUGCUUUCUGCACAAGCAGCACUUUUCAAACCAAAAGAAUGUCUCCAUCGCCUUUUGUUUCCCAAACAAUGCACAUUUUGAUAACAAAUGAUGUAUUUUGUUCUAAGCAGUCCAUAAUUAAUAGUUACAGCUCUGUCAUUUCCCCGCUCUGUCUUUAGCUUUGUGGAGUAAAUACAGUAGCGCUCUAAUUGUGUUUUUAGCCAGAUGAGUGGCUCACAGUGGUAAAUAAUGUAUGGUUAGCGGAUAGCGAGGCGCCCCCAGGCUCUUCUCACAACACUGGCUUUGAGAAGAGUCUCCAGAAGACAACUAGGACAUCUUUAGAAGGUGGGUUGCACCCAAAAAUGACAUUUUAUGAAGAAGGGAGUACAUUUUGCAGCAGAGUGGGGUGCCAUGAGAUCCUGAUACAAAGCAUUCGGCAGUUGAACCCACUGACAUUUUACAAACUAUCCGUGAUUGCCACAUUAAUAAAAAAUGUGGAACAAAGUGCAUCCUUUAACAGCUAAGUAUGGAAUGCAUACUUUUGUUUAAAAAUAUGGGACCAUUCUAUUUUUUAAGGGACAGCUGGCAACCCUGCAGGUGCCAGUUUUACCUAGUGGCAUCAAAUCCGGCGGGUAUAUGGACAGGAAGUUGGCCAUUUUGAUUUGAAAUGGGCUGACGGAGGGGCGUUCAGGGCACGUCCCACCAGUAGGAGUCCUCGAAGAAGACCCAGAAGAUGUUGGAGAGACUUUGCCUCUCAACUGGCCUGAGAAUGCCUCAGGAUCUGCUGGGAGGAUCCCUGCUUAGGCUCCUGCCCCCUCCACCCAGCAUCAGAUAUGCGGAAGAAGAUGGAUGGAUGGACCACAUUGGGAAUAAGUCAUUUAUUGUAUCUUUUAGGGCUUGGAAGGACAAUUUGGUCUUGGAAAAGAGAAACAAAGUUGUGUUUUUGAAAGGAUAUACUUCAAAAACACUGGUCGGAGAUCCUCUUUUUUCUGGAAUCUUCAGCCCAAAUGUUAGUCGCACCCACGUUUUGACCAGUUGCAUACCCCUCCCCAUACCUGUCGACAUUCGCGUUUGAAAGUUUUCCGGAAAAUAUGGGCGUUUCCUGAGGAAAACGGGAGGGUGGACAGGUAUGACCCCACCUUCCAAGGCCAAUUUUCCAUCAAUGUCGCCCGUGGGAGACCUCAUGGAAACUCUGUGUUGCAGGUUGCCUUUGAAGUGCAGCACCCUGCAGCAAGCAAACUACAUUUGGUUAACCUUUGACAGACGCACAUUAGCAUCAAAUUUGAACUUUCCAGUGCAGACCUUGAACACCUCAUGCGGUGGCUUUUAUAUGACAGCCGUGCACAGGGUGAUAAAACAGCAGAGAUGAUAGAAAGGCGAUGAUGAUGGGUCAUAAAUGAGCACCUUUACAAUUUUAUGUUCCCCUCCUGUGAAAAUGAGCUCAGUGGAGUGCAUGUUCUCAACUUUUGCAAAAAUUCAUUAGGCGGUGAUGUCACCUCUCGCGGUGACCUCAUCUAUAGGGAAAAUGGUUAAGUGUUAUCUGGGGGGCUGUAUCUGGUCAUGCCCCGACGCCCUUGACUGGGCCGCUAUGGUCCUUGUAGCUGCAUGACUGGUGAUAAGGAGGAUGACGCAUCUGCGUUCGCCUCCUUCUCGUCUUCUGGGUGGUGACAGCUAUUCGUCUUACUGGAUGCUAGUUUGCUGGGAGUUCCCUCGCCGGACGUUCAUAGCAAACAUAAAUCAAGCUAGUGGCCUUUUUACUGCCAUAAAAGGACAAUGUUGUUUUCACCAGCAUUUCUGACAAGCACAGAUUUUUUAUUUGUGUUUUGUUUUAUUUUUAUCAUUUCAAAAACGCUUCAUUUUCUCCUUAAACAGUUGGUGUGCGUGCACAGUGGAUGCCCGCAUAUUCACGACCGCACAAAACAUUCUUUUUUUAUUUAUGGGAAAAAACCCACUUCAACCCAAAUGCCGACCUCACUCACGGUGCAACCAAAAAUAACACAACAAGUAACACGUGGAGCGCGCAGUGUAGCGACACCACACCAGUUAGCCUGAAAUGUGUUUCUUCUCAACUUAAGAAGCCAAAAUCUUACCACUUCCACACGGGAUCAGAGGAGAGCUUUUUUUUCAGUCAGUCAUAUCGAACAUGCCAUGGCCGACUUCAUGACUUCAUGCAGUGUUAAGGUAAUUCAUGUAAUGUAAGGUAAUGUCUCAAUGUUUAGUGUCAUUACUGGCGUCAAUAUCCAUCCAUCCAUCCAUUUUCUAUACCGCUUCUCCUCUUUAGGGUCGCGGGGAGCUGGAGCCUAUCCCAGCUGAAUAUGUAUGACUAAUAAUAGACGGUCUAUUAUUAGUCAAAACAUACUGAAAUUCAAGUCUACCACGAAACAGCCAUCAUUUAUUCAUCAAAUAAUUUCUGACAAAACGAGAUACAGCGAGGGAUGGCUGUAUUUAUAAAUUACGGCCGACAUAUGAGAUGCGUUUUCUGCGGUGAAAAAACAAAUGGUCUAUUUUCAAGGACAAACAAAACCCACAAAAAGAAUUAAAGAAUAUAUUUUUAGACCAAAGAUCUACAAAUUAGCAUGAAUGCUGAUUGUCGAAUGUGCGGUGGACCCACUGUGUUAGAACUGCACCCAGCAUAACCUCUCGAUUUGAUCCAUUUAUUACAAAACAAACCAGUGGGACAGGAGAUCGCAAUGCGUGGUAUCAUGAAGAACAGAAUCGCACUGCAAAAGUAGGACCUGACAAGACAACCACGUACGAUAUCCGUGGAUCAGGUUCUCUGCACAUGAAACAUGCAAAAUACAGUCUAUGAGAGUCUAUGAGAGUCUAUUUCUCAUCACAAUUGAUUCUGGUGUAUUUAUACUACAUGCCAUCAUGAUAUAUGAUAUGUGAUGCUACAUAUUUGCGAUACUGAUACUUUGCCCCACAUCUAAUCAAUACACCAGUAUCACAAUACUUUUCUAUAGUAAUAUCCUCACAUGUGCAUAUAUUUUUUGUUCAACAAAUGCACACUCGUUAUUUGAUCCAUUCUAUCAUUAACGACUAUCAUUUCCUCACAUGUUUUUCUGACAAUAUAGGCCACAAAUGCUGGAUGGGUAGUCCAAGCGUGGCGUGAAUUCACUUUCCCCCGCUCCCCACCACCGAAGCUAAAUUGAAGCCAAUCAAUAGGAGUGUGUGUUUCUUCCUGUGUGUCAGUGCCCUUGUCAAAGUGUCCAUCCCGCAUGAAUGUGUGGCACCGCUGUUGUGUCAAGUGCAGCAGAGGCCAUCUGUUUGAACGGGACUGACAUUGAUUCCGAUGCCAAUGUGUGCGCACUUGAUUAGCACUUGUUAUAGUGAAUUCACUAACAAAGAGAUGGCACAACAACAACAAAUACAGAUGGACUUACACCUCGCAUUCUGAACCCCACCCUCCUCUCUUCCUCCUGCCCCCCUUUUCUUCGGAGAACCAAUGAGGAGGCUCCUCACUCAGGAAGCCCACCCGGAGCAUGGUGUGUGUGUGUGUGUGUGUGUGUGUGUGUGUGUGUGUGUGUGUAGGCAGCCUGCCACAGGAGGAGGUGUGUCUGCCUGUGCCAAAAGUGUGGGUGCGAGCGAGAGUGUCCUCACACUGAAGAGGAGGAGGAAUGCGACUGGAAGUCAGAGAGCAAAGGAGAUCCUCUGAGGGUACACGGAUGCGAGAGAGAGGAGGGGGCCGAGGACGAGGAGAAGGAGCGCGGGAGGGAAAGCAUCGCACUCCCACGGACGGCGCUGCGUCUCCCUGGCAACCAGAAUGGGCUGCAAUUUGUGCACCUUGCAGAAGCGGGAGGAGCACUACAAGCUGCUGUAUGAGAUUGCGCAGGUAAACGGUCGUAACUUCUCCAAGGUGGAGCAGGAUGAGCCCAUUGUGGUCCAGGUUAUACGGCCCAGCGGAGCCGUGGCUUCAAUGGCACAGCAUCAGGCGGAGGAGGACGAGGCGUGCCUGACAGAUGUGUGCACGCAAACGGACAUCACCUUCGAGCACAUCAUGGCGCUGGCCAAGCUCCGGCCCGCGACGCCGCCUGUCCCCGACAUCUGUCCCUUCCUUUUGUCUGACAGCUGUCAUUCCAUCCACACAAUGGAGCACGAGUUUUAUGAAUGUCCCGAGUACCUGUCCACCACGCCGGCUGAAGCGGAGAGGACUGAAGAGUAUGUUUAUGAGGAAGUGGAGUUAUGCAGGCAGAACAGUCAUGAGAAGCUCGGCCUGACGUUGUGCUACAGGACUGACGACGAGGAGGACACAGCCAUUUAUGUGGAGCCAGACAGUUUAGCAGCAAGAGACGGCCGCAUUAUAAACGGAGAUCGUAUUCUCCAGAUAAAUGGCUGUGCGGUGCAAGAUAGAAAGAAGGCCGUUUCCUUGUUGUUGGGAGAAGAUUCAAAGAGCAUCGUCCUGCUGGUGACAAGGCCGGAGACGCAGCUUGAAGAUGAUGCAUGGUUAGAUGAUGAGCAACAGGAGCUUGUGGAAGAACUGAAACUCCUGGAGGAGAGGGAGGAGAAUCGGAACUUGACGCAAGAUGAGGCUAAAGAAGAAAGGACAACCGACACGUCCAACAGUCAAGACAAAGACAGCGGGUUUGGGUGCAGUACAGACAGUCCCGACCACCAACCUUUACUGGCCAGAUUCUAUAGGAGGAGUCCAGCCCAGUGCUUGAGGGAACAAUGGCGAGCCCAGCAUCCACACACAAAACAAGCUUCUGUCAGAUCGCAGGAGUCCAAAAGCCAAGGUCGAGAAGGGCUAGUGAAUAUUCACAGUGGUGGAAGCGGGAUAUUAGGUUUGGAGAACCACUUCCAGCAACUCCUGGAACUCAAGUGUCAAAUCCGGAAUGGCGUUGAGUGUGGCGUGUACUCCAUACGACACAGCAUCGAGUGUAGUCUCACAGAGAGGGAGAGAGAUGAGGAUCUUGAGGAAGGCGAAGGGAUGGAGCAAGAGUUGAGGAUGUUAAACGAGGAGCUGCGCAACAUUGAGUUGGAGUGCCAGAACAUCAUGCAAGCCCAUCAGCUCCGCCAAUCACAACAGAUGAGCUCCUUUUCCUCAUCCUCACCUGGUCGGAGGCUCAAGGAUGAGCACAAGAGCCAGAGCAGGCUUGCUGACAUACGCGAACAUCCAGAAGGUGAUAAGAUCCGAGAAAAGGACAGCUCCAGCGCCUACAACACGGCGGAGAGCUCACGAUCUACUCCGCUGGGUAAGGAGCGAUCUCCUGAGCACUCCCUACAGAGACGCAUCAGCAUCACCAACCAGAAGAACCUCCAGAUGGCCUCAUCGACACCCUCCAGUCCCAUCCCCAUCCCCAAGCCUCAGGGAUCAGCCAGCCAAGGUGGGCAACCGGAUCCUUGCGCUGUUUUCUCCAGCAGCCCAGACCAGAGUAACCCUUCUCGAUCAGAAUCCGACCCAGCACUGCCUGCGGACGACGAGAGGUGCGAGAAAAGGGGUAGAACCAAAGAUCCAAAGAGAAAACCACCGUUUGCCUCAUACCAAACCACCCCUUACCAUGGAUCACUUGGAUCCCACCAACUUCAGAGCUACAUGCAACUUCUACAACAGCACUCUUCCCUGGAAUAUUCCCAGAGCCAGCUGAGUCUUGUCAGUGUCUGCGGAGAUCCACUAAACCGGAUUGGUCGACCCGGGGAACCCCGUCUAGAGUGGAAAGUCAAAGUCCGGAAUGACGGAUCUCGCUACGUGGCCCGGAGACCCGCCCGUGACCGCAUCUUGAGAGAGCGAGCGUUACGAAUCCGAGAGGAACGCAGUGGCGGUAUGACCACGGAUGACGAUGCGAUGAGCGAGAUGAAGAUGGGCCGCUACUGGAGCAAAGAGGAAAGGAAGCAGCACCUGGCUCGAGCGAGGGAGCAGAGAAAGAGGAGGGAGUUCAUGCAGAAGAGUCGCUUUGAGUGUCUCAAGGAGGGUCAGGCUUAUGGGGCCGACGGACGCAAGGAGAUCAACAUCUUGGAGCUAAGUCAGAAGAAGAUGAUGAAGAAGCGGAACAAAAAGAUUCUUGACAAUUGGAUGACCAUUCAAGAGCUGAUGAGUCACGGGGCACGAGUGCCAGAGGGCUCCAAAGUCCACAACGCCUUCUUAUCUGUCACAACUGUUUAGGAGUUGUUUACAGCGCACUUUUUUUACAUCAUAUUUGCUGAGAACAUGUAGCAUUUCUUCACUUGAAGACUCUCUUUGCAAUGACAACAUUUUACUGUGUUUUACAUCAGUUUUUGACUGGAGAGACGUCAUUAUCAUACAGUAUAUGCUAUGUAUUGUGAUUCCAUCUAAAGCCUCAUUCAAGGCAGUUUUUUUAUACCAGGGGAAAAUACACUAUUUUUCACACUUUGUAAUCUCACUACUGAACUUUUUGUAUGGACUUUUUUUUACAUUGAAUGUUGUGUGAAUAUACUGAUGUAACUGUAUCACCAAAACUGUGGCGGUCAAACAUGACACUAUUUGAUUGUACCAUCGCUACACACCAGAGCAACAUGGAGACAAGGAUAUUUAUUAUUAACACGUUAAUCCAAUUGGCAUUGACUGUAAAAAAAAAUAAAAAAUAAAAAAAAAUGUCAAGUCCUGAAAGUUUUUUUUCUGGAAGUUUUACCUCAACUAAGGACCUGAUUCUGUAAUGAAUUAACGCGUGAUUUAUUUAAAUGUUGAAUACUCAUAUUUACAAUGGUUACUAUGAUUUCUAUUUAUUGUGAAUCAUCAUUCUGAUUAUGUGGCUACCCAUGGAACAAUUUCAGAUAAUUAAAUAAAAUGUCUCACAUUUGCAGCCUUAUAACUCAAAAUGACUUAUUUUCAUUCAAUCACUCAUCGGGAACAUUGGUGAUAAAAAAAUCACCUUGUGUGUUGAUUUUGUUGUGUGACACAGGAGUUACACAACAUUUCUUUGUGCAAAUUGCUGUUAUUUGAAAUGGCUAGUGUUGGGAAAUGUUAUGUUAUGUUUUUUGGUUAUUAAAAUCACACAAUUUUUUUUUUGUACUAAACACUACAAAUAAUUUUCUAAAAAACAAUGUUAUUUUUAAAAAAAUAUAUUUGCUGCUAAUAUGCAAAAAUAAUUUAAGCCCAUUUUCCAGGACCAAAUGGACAGUUUUUACAUUUUCCGUAAAUGUACACACGGUUUUGUUGGUUUCCUUCUUGAAAAAAUGUCUUUUUGUCACUUUUGCAUAUUUCCUGCAUGUUUGCGUGCUGAGCAAUGCCGUGCAAUCAGUGGAACUGUAAAACACAACGCCUGUUUGAGGGUGAUUAUAACGCCUGAUCAUUGCUAACCAAACACAUGGGAGCUCCGCUAAUUGCGGCACCUGGGUUACUACCUUCCGUGCACCAGUCUAUCGUCUCCUGAUAUCCAUAUUAUUGCCUGCUGGAAAUCAGACGGUGUUUUUUAAUGUUUCCAAGACAUAAUCAUGUCACCACAGUUUGCAAGAUUCAUGCAUUAACAGUGGUUGCAUAUGAAGGGGAGGGGGAUGUGUGUCCAUUCAGCGCUUGGAGGCAUGCGCACUAAUCUAUACUUCUAUUUGCAAGCAUCAAGGAGACGCCGGGGAAGUCUGCUCAUCCUCUGUCAAUCUGCUGUCUACAGCCCAGUGAGCUGAAGAAUUAAUGAGACACAUCAGAGUGGCGCCUUUGUGCAACACAUUAAAUCAAGUACACUCCCACCCUCCCAUGUGUGUACAUCAUGCAAGGACCGAGGGACAACUCUUUGCAGUUUGACUGAUUAAUCGCAGCCACACGAUCCCGGAUAAUCAAAUGUGUUGAUGAAUGCAUAGCUUCAUUCUAACACAUUAAGCCUUCAAGACGAUACCGCCAUUGACACACACUGUAGAUAUGAAUAUGUGAAAUCUUCUCAUCUACCAGUACGAUACAUGCACCUCAUUCAUAUUCCAGCAGCUGCAGAGCACGUCAGGCCGAUGAAAACUGGCGACAUCCCGGUGCUCUUUUAAUCUGACGAUGCCUUUGAAGCAGCGACUGAGUGAGCGGGAAGAAGUCAGGUGUUCUGGGGGCGUCGGAUGUGAAGAGGUGAUACACUGUGGGUCUUUAAUUUGUACUAAAAUAUAAAAAUGUUCUUAUUUAAAAGUAAAGCAGUGUGGCAAACCUCUCUUUUUGUAAUUUAGAUGGGCAAACUGAUGAUUCAAAUAGCUGAUGUAGACAAUUUCCAACCCUAACCCUUUAGUCUAAGUACAGUGGAUCCCCGCGUAUUUGCGAUUCAGCAUUAGCGUCUCUGCAAAUUUGCACGUUUUUGGUCCCGCUUUGU